UUUCGUAAAUACAAAUCGGAUUGAUUUGCAUUCGUCCGCUACUCUUUAAUACACUAGUUAGCUAUGCUAAAAGUCGAUAAAAAGUUCAUUAAAUACAAAAUAUGAUGUUAAACAAGCAGUUUUUAAAAGUGAUCGAUUUUGUGCCGUGGCCGUUUAUAUGGAGAAUAUAUGGAAUGUAUCGCAUAAGAAAAAUGGCAAAAAACCAUUUUAUUUUUUAUUUCCAAUGAGAGUGAAUAAUUUUUCAAUCAAUGCCCCAAACUUUUGUAUAUUCAUGCUGGUCAUCUAACAAAAUUAUUAACAUAAUCAAAACACGAGUAAUGCGCCCGAAAAUGGCACUGACCCAUCUUGCCCCGCCCCACCCUACAUAAUAGGAGCAUUGAUUACAUGAAGGAGCAUUCGAUAACGCAUCCUACAGCUCAAUGCGUUCAGCAAUGGAAGCAAGGGGCUUGGAUAAAUGCAUUAUUGAAUGAAUAAUAUCGAUGCUUAGAGAUCGAGAGAUCUCUUCCGUUCUUGGAGGUGCGCAACUAUCGGUAAGAUCUGUGAAGGGCUGUCCUCAAGGAGGAGUACUAUCGCCCUUAUUGUGGUCUUUGGUAGUGAACGAACUCCUUAAAAAACUCAGCAAUCAAGGCUUUGAGGUUAUUGGAUACGCAGAUAAUGUAGCUAUUCUGAUACGUGGAAAAUAUGACGGCUACAAUGUGCGUUGAAUGUUACCAUCAAAUAAUGCCGAGAAGAGGGAUUACGUAAAACCUUCAAAAACUGUAAUUGUACCUUUUACUGAAAGGUUAAAAAUAAAUCUUCUUUAGAUGGAGUUCAAAUUCAGUUCUCAGAAGAAGUUAAACAUCUUGGGUGGGGUAACUUUGGACAAAAGACUGAAUUGAAAUUCUCAUUUAAACAAUGUUUUAACCAAGGGUACCAAUGCCCUUUGCGUCUACAGCAAAGCCUUAGGAAAAACCUGGGGUCUUAGACCUAACAUGAUUCACUGGAUCUAUGCUGCAAUAGUCCGGCCUAAGAUUACUUAUGCUUCACUUGUUUGGUGACCCAAAACAAAUUAGGUAACCUGUCAAAAGAAGCUAAGUAAGCUACAAAGACUUGCCUGUAUAUCUAUGACAAGAGCAAUGAAAAGCACUCCAUCAGUUGCUUUGGAUGCCCUUCUCAAUAUACUGUCAUUGCAUAAAUUUGUUAAACUACAAGCGGCAAAAAGUGCCCUGCAGUUUAUACAUUACAAUAAAGUCCUAGACGGGGAUCUUGUUCGACAUUUGAGGAUCAUCAAAGACUUCAAAUUAAACAUGGACAUAAAAACAGUAGAAGAUUGGAUGAUUACUAAGACCAACUAUGAUGUUCCCUUCAAAGUGGUGAAACCAUGUCGCUAUGUUUGGGAUGCUGGUGGGCCAAGUUUACGUCCAGUUUCUAUUGUAUUUUAUAUUGAUGGGUCCAAGAUAGGAGAAAAUACUGGAGCUGGUGUUUUUGGCCCCUGUAAGGCUAUACCAAUGGGAUGCAGUCCCACUGUAUUUCAAGCGGAAGUUCAAGCCAUUCUAGAGUGUGCCAACAUUUGUCUAAAAAGAAAUUAUAGGUUUGCCAAGAUCUGUAUUUUUUCGAACAGUCAGGCGGCUCUAAAUGCGCUAAAAGCUUUCACGUGUCAAUCAAAGCUAGUGUGGGAAUGUAUUAUUUCUCUGAAGCAAUUGGCCAGUAGGAACGAGGUAACUUUAUACUGGGUGCCCGGUCAUUGUGGAAUCCUGGGAAAUGAAAACAAUUUAGCUAGACAGGGUGCGGACAGGGUGCUAGACAAUUUAGCUAGACAGGGUGCGGCAUCAAGCUUUGUAGGCCCUGAACCUUUCUGUGGAGUUCCUGAGUGUGCUCUUCGGAUGAAACUAAAAACUUGGGAAAUGUCCAUGGUAGAAUCUAAUUGGAAUGCCACGGAUACAUCCAAGCAAGCAAAAACGUUCAUAAAACCCAGUGCAGAAAAAAGCCAGGUCCAUACUGAAUAUAAACAAAAGAGAUCUCAGGGUAAUUACUGGUCUGAUGACUGGCCACUGCCCGAGUAAAUAUCAUCUAAGUAAGAUUGGAAAAAUCCAAUCCUCCGAAUGUCGUUUCUGUCAAACGGAAAACGAAACUGCCGAGCAUUACUCUGCAACUGCGGAGUGCUGUACCAUCACAGAUUGGCGAUAUUUGGUAAAGGGUUCCUAGAGCCCUUGGAAAUUAUGUUACAACUUACAUUAUGUUAUA